ACCAGUAGUAUCUCUGCAUCACCAGAAGACCAUACUCAUCAUCAUACGUGCAUCAACCAGGAAAAAGUUUCAGCUAAACAUGACUCGAGCCAUCACAUUGCUGUCUAUAUGCCUGGGUGUUCUCCUCCCACUCAUUGCUGCACGAUCAGUCAAACGCUUAUGUUCAGGAGACAGAGAAUAUAAGUCCUGUACACCAACCUGCGAUAACUUGAAGCCUAACUGCCCUAAAGCGAGAUCUCCAGGAUGUGUCUGUGGAAGCGGCACUGUAGAUAAUGGCUUAGGUGAAUGUGUGAAUAUUGAAAAGUGUGAUUUCUGCAGCGGGAACACAACAUAUAUCUCAUGCGGCAGACUCUGCUUCCCUCAACAAAUUUGCGCAGCAGUCUGUGUUGAGAUGUGCGUCUGUAAAAGCGGCUAUGUGUCCCUACCUAACAGCGACAGAUGUGUCCUUCGUCGGGAUCUCCCCUAAAGUAGAUACAACAUUUAAACCGUCUCAUGUGUGUCUUAUUAACAAUUGUCAAAAUCUUAUGUGACCUCAUUAUAAGGAGAGAUGUCCGAUAUAAAUAAAGUGAUUGCAGACAUUGA